GAGGCGCAUGCACGCUAGCGAGGCACCGACGCGUCGCGUUCCUUUGCCGGCGCUCCGGAUCCGGCAGCGUUUCCUGGCCGUCCUGAAGUCGCCGCUUUGGCCGCUCUGGCACGCCUGGCGUUGGGUGGGCGACAUCUCUGCGCCCACAUGAACCAGCAUUAUGGCCGAUAUGGUCGCGGUCGGGGCCGGGACUUUGCUGCCCGUGCCCCACAUACGAAGAAGGGCAAAAACCACAUCCCCGAAAGGUGGAAAGACUAUCUCCCAGUUGGGCAACGGAUGCCUGGGACUCGUUUCAUUGCUUUCAAAGUUCCUUUGCAAAAAAAAUUUGAAGCAAAGCUUAUGCCAGAAGAAUGCUUUUCUCCUUUGGAUCUUUUUAAUAAAAUUCAAGAACAAAAUGAAGAGCUUGGAUUGAUAAUCGACUUAACGUAUACUCAGCGCUAUUAUAAAGUAGAGGAUUUGCCAGAAACUAUUUCUUACAUAAAAAUUUUUACAGUCGGUCACCAGAUACCUGAUAAUAACACUAUCUUUCAGUUCAAAUGUGCAGUUAAAAAGUUUCUAAAGGAAAAUAAAAAUAAUGACAAACUUAUUGGUGUCCACUGCACCCAUGGCUUAAAUAGGACUGGCUACCUCAUUUGCAGAUAUUUGAUUGAUGUAGAAGGCAUGAGGCCAGAUGAUGCAAUUGAAUUAUUCAACAGGUGCCGGGGGCAUUGCAUAGAAAGGCAGAACUACAUUGAAAACCUGCAGAAACGCCGUGUCAGAAAGGAAGCCUUCCAUUUUCCUGGGAACUGGAAUGUUAGUGGAUCUAGGUCAGGUGGUCUUGAAGACUCAGCAGAUCUUCCAGAACACGUCCACACCGCUAACAAACCUGUGAAGAAAAGAUCUAGGAAGAACUGGCGUGGUGGUCACCUGGCAUCUUCCCAGCAUUUUCAUACCCAGACCCAGAGCUCACCAUACUCAUUCAGAAAAUGGUCACAAAAUCAGAGUGUUUACCAGAGAGGCCUGCUUCCUCCUGGUCCAGCUGGAGAGGACUAUUUACAAAGAAGAUUCUUCUGGGGCGUGAGGCCAAAUAGGAAGUGGACUGCUGGUAAUUACCAGAGACCUUUCUACCCAGCCUACUGGGAAUGGAACCUGUGAGGCACACUGUGGCUGGACUGUCAUAGGGGCCAACUGAGAUCAGAGCUGGACAGAAGACAGCUGGAUGACUUUUAAUAAAAUCACGUCAAAAGAAUUAAAAAAUUUUUGAACAUUUUUAACUUUUUUAACUGUUUUACUAUUCCUUCAUCUGUGUUCAGUUGAAGAUGAAUGUCCUAGCUUUUACCUCCCUGCUGGUGGACACCGUGGCUCUGCAGUCCAGGACACCUCCGUCCAGCUGUUCUCGAAGCAUUCUGAAUAGAUGAAUGAUUACAAACUUGCAGAUUUUUAAUUGCCUUUGGUUCCCCUUUGUAUUUCCUUUACUCUUGCUUGUAAUGUGUUGUGUAGGUGCAGAGAUUCCUAGUGCUUUACCCUGUUCUUCCUGACAGUCUUCAAGGGUGUCUGUUCUCCAUGACUGUUGACAGUUUCUACUCUGUCCAUGGGCCUCCCACGUUAGAAUGGUGCUCUUUCUCUAGAACACGCUUCAGGCUACAUGGUGGUGCUAAUUACUUCUCCUUAGAACUCAGGAAGUUGUUCCUCAGAACACAUCACAAUCCACAGCAAGGGUUUGGUGAAGGACUAGGCAGGCUGGCUUCUAUCUUUUAAGCCUCUAAUCUUAAGGAUUGUAAAACUGACCAUGUGUGAGCAUGUGGCGGGAGCCUCUCGCUAAGGAAGUCCCAGUAGUUCAUCUAUUCUGGCCUGCAGCUAAUUUUGCUCAAACUUUAGUCAAGUAGCUCUGCCUUCUAGUGAUGGCUCUUAAAGUUUUUCUCUGUCCACCACAUUAACAGAUUGAAAGUGCUUCUUGUUCCUCUGCAGAAUUCCUCCCCAGAAUAUACUGGGGCAGUGUAUUGUCCAAUGCGAGAAACUGGAGCAGACUGUUAGGAACCAAAAGAGGACAAAGCUGGGGCAGGUGCAGACGUGCACCCAGUCUGGAAGGUGUAAAGAACACCCUGGCAAGCAGCCUCGGGAGGACACUGCCAGGAGAGGCCAUUCAUGAGCUCUGCCACCUUUAGGAAUUGUUUCUGCUUCCUGCCCUGUCUCUACCUUUGGAUUGCCAACACCUAGUUAAAACCACCUUUAUCUUCGGAUAACUCAUAACUGAUACACACACCGGUCUGGCUUCUGUCCAUGUCACACAAUCCAAAGGCCUAGUGGAAGGACACUUCUAUUUUAAAGUUUCUAGUGGUCUACUUAGCAUUUUUAACUUUUACUUUAGAAACGCACAUGAAUAUUAUAUCAGGCAGCGUUCCUGAAAUUACCGUGGAAAGGCAGCCUCCCUGUUACGUCAUUGUCUGGUCUCAGGCAGCCAGCCAAAGGAGUUCUGCCUUAUUCUGUGUAUUUCCUCUUCUUUCCUUUGCUUGAUUUUCCAAUUUAUGAUAAUAUGUGUUGAUGAAUUUUUCCUUUGGCAAAUGAGGAUUUGGCUCUCAGCCUACCCACUCACUCCACAGUUGUUUGCAGUUUUUGAUAAAGUCCACUUUGAUGAAAUUACUAGAUAAGUGUUAGUCAGGAGCUGUUGUGUUCCAUAGCGGUAGGUUCUUUUCUGCCUUCUCCUUAAUGUUUUUGUCUCAUUCAUUUAGCCGUUUUCUGUUGAUUGUGUCACAGAUUCAUCCUCCGAAUCUGAUAGCGUUAUAAACAGCCUCGAUAAGUGAUAUGUGCCCUUUUGAUCUGACUCCAUUUCUGAAGCUUCUUAAAGUGUCCCAGUUAGGUGCCAAGUCCAGUUGGUAGAGAAUGAUAGACUUGAGGGAUGUAAUCUGUAGGAAAUGUUUGUUCCUCAUAGUUCUAGAAGCUGGGAAGGAUGAAGUCGGCGAGAAUGUGUUUUCAUAGGUGACUGGUUCUUCACCGUCUUCUUGUGGUCUUCUGUGUCUUAACAUCUCUCUCAGUCAGCCCUCCCUCCCUCUCCUUUUUCCUCUUAUGAUACGCUGAGGUGCAUCCUCCGCUCUCUCUCCUCAAAGAUGCCGAGCCAUUAGAUUAAGACUCAGGUGGAGACCUCUCUAAAGACUGCCCCAGUGAUAUUUCAGAUCCUGGGACUCAGACCUUUACCAGCAAUUUGAGGACACACCAAGUCCAUAGGAGGCACACUGGCUAUUCCGUACACACAGGACAUGGCUGGCUUUACUGGCACAGAGCUGGCCUGAGCUGGCUUCCCACUUGUCAUUUCUUGGAACUCACAUAUGUGUCCUGGGUCCCAGGGUUCAUCUUUCAUGAUGAUAAUUUCCCAUGUGAUCAUUGUGCCCUCCCGCAGCUCUCGGGGCUGGGUGGGAUGUGACUGCUAUUCCACAGAAUCUGUGUUAUUCUCUGCUCCUGCCCUUUGAUUAGCUACAGUUCCAGGUGUUUAUGGUGUUCAGGCUGGCACUGCUGGCUGUUGGAACAUGUCUUUACUUCACAUGUCACUGUGUUUUCUAUCCACGAUGACAUAUACCAACUGAGACCUUUCAAAAUGGUAAAUUGCAAGACGUUUUUCUUUAAUGCUAUUGUGUUAGAUUAAUCCCUAGCCCUAGCGCAGCUUCUAGUAGAAUGUUGGACUUCUUUCCUCUGAUUUAAUUACAUAUUUUGUUUCUGUUUAAGCUAUUCAUGUUAAUUUCCAGCAUUUUUCUUCUACAUUGGGACUGUAGAUGCUGGGAUUGACCAGGGCCCUGAGCAUGCUAGACAUGAUCUCUGUAAUUGAGCUAUACCUCCAGCCGCCUUCUGACCUAUAGAUGUGAUUUAUAUAAGCAUAAUAAAAAUACAAACGAUAAAGCAUUUUCUGAUAUUUAAAUAUAUUACAUAUAUGAUUUAAAAAAAAAAAGACACAGGGGUUCAGAAUGUUGUGCAGACCAGCAUUGAAUUGCAGCUCCAAUGGCCCAUCUGCCCCAGGCUCCUGAGCAAGCGGGGCUUCAGGUCCGAGCUUUCAGGCUCUCCUGAGGUAAGAGCUAGCUCAUUUUCUAAGAUGUUGUGCAGGUGAAAUUAGGAUGGAGACUUCUGAAGGAGGUUUCCCAUUUGUCGACUGGCUUUACGGUCUGUGUCACAGAAUGGGCCCACUGGGCCCUCCUGCCCCCUCUGCUGCUGAGUUGCUCUAGUCUAUGUCUUGCACUUUGCUUAAUCAUCAACCAGUUAUGCCAGGCGGUGGUGGCGCACGCCUGUAAUCCCAGCACUCGGGAGGCAGAGGCAGGCGGAUUUCUGAUUUCGAGGCCAGCCUGGUCUACAGAGUGAGUCCCAGGACAGCCAGGGCUACACAGAGAAACCCUGUCUCCAAAAAAAAAAACAACAGACAAACAAAACACAAAAAAACAAAUCAUCAACCAGUUAAAGGGUAUUUAGGUUGUCUGUAGAGGUUUGUUUUUUUUUUUUAAAUUUUAAAUAUAAGACUUUUAUAUAUAACAUUUUGUGUAAAUGUAAAUGUCUUCCCCUUGGAGUGGAAUGCUGCCAUGUAUGUUUAACUUUAUAAUAAAUUAUCAAAGUUU